AAGUUUCCAGUCCUGUGAGAGCCGCCGGCCCCGCACACCGUGCCCGGACCCCGCCAUGCGGCCCCUGCUGCUCCUGGCCCCGCUGGGCUGGCUGCUCCUGGCCCCCGCGAAGGGCGACACGAAGCCGGAGGACAACCUCCUAGUCCUCACGGUGGCCACAAGAGAGACCGAGGGGUUCCGCCGCUUCAAGCGCUCAGCUCAGUUCUUCAACUAUAAGAUCCAGGCACUGGGCCUGGGGGAGGACUGGAGUGUGGAGCAGGGGGCGUCGACAGGGGGCGGGCAGAAGGUUCGGCUGCUGAAGAGAGCUCUGGAGAAGCAUGCAGACAAGGAGGACCUGGUCAUUCUCUUCACAGACAGCUACGAUGUGGUGUUUGCCUCGGGGCCCCGGGAGCUCCUCAAAAAGUUCCGGCAGGCCAAGAGCCAGGUGGUCUUCUCCGCGGAGGAGCUCAUCUACCCAGACCGCAGGCUGGAGGCCAAGUAUCCGGUGGUCUCUGAUGGCAAGAGGUUCCUGGGUUCUGGAGGCUUCAUUGGUUAUGCUCCCAGCCUCAGCAAACUGGUGGCCCAGUGGGAGGGCCAGGACAGCGACAGUGAGCAGCUGUUUUACACUAAGAUCUUCUUGGACCCAGAGAAGAGGGAGCAGAUCAACAUCACCCUGGACCACCGCUGCCGCGUCUUCCAGAACCUGGACGGAGCUUUGGAUGAGGUGGUGCUCAAGUUUGAAAUGGGCCACGUGAGAGCACGGAACCUGGCCUAUGACACACUCCCGGUCCUGAUCCACGGCAACGGGCCCACCAAGCUGCAGCUGAACUACCUGGGCAACUACAUCCCUCGGUUCUGGACCUUUGAGACGGGCUGCACCGUGUGUGACGAGGGCCUUCGCAGCCUCAAGGGCAUUGGGGAUGAAACUCUGCCCACGGUCCUGGUCGGGGUGUUCAUAGAGCAGCCCACGCCGUUCCUGUCCCUGUUCUUCCAGCGGCUUCUGCGGCUCCACUACCCGCGGAAACGGAUGCGGCUUUUCAUUCACAACCAUGAGCAACACCACAAGGCCCAGGUGGAGCAGUUCCUGGCAGCCCAUGGCGGCGAGUACCAGUCUGUGAAGCUGGUGGGCCCCGAGGUGCGGCUGGCCAACGCGGAUGCCAGGAACAUGGGCGCAGACCUGUGCCGGCAGGACAGGGCCUGCACCUACUACUUCAGCGUGGACGCAGACGUGGCCUUGACCGAGCCCAACAGCCUGAGGCUGCUAAUCGAGCAGAACAAGAACGUCAUUGCCCCUCUCAUGACCCGCCACGGGAGGCUGUGGUCCAACUUCUGGGGGGCAAUGAGCGCAGAUGGCUACUAUGCCCGCUCUGAGGACUACGUGGACAUCGUGCAGGGGCGGCGCGUUGGUGUGUGGAACGUACCCUACAUCUCCAGCAUCUACUUGAUCAAGGGCAGCGCCCUGCGGUCUGAGCUGCAGCACACAGACCUGUUCCACCACAGCAAGCUGGACCCAGACAUGGCCUUCUGUGCCAACGUCCGGCAGCAGGAGGUGUUCAUGUUCCUGACCAACCGACACACCUUUGGCCACCUGCUUUCCCUGGACAGCUACCAGACUACCCACCUCCACAGUGAUCUCUGGGAGGUGUUCAGCAACCCCGAGGACUGGAAGGAGAAGUACAUCCAUGAGAAUUACACCAAGGCCCUGGCGGGGAAGCUGGUGGAGACGCCCUGCCCCGAUGUCUACUGGUUCCCCAUCUUCACUGAGGCAGCCUGUGACGAGCUGGUGGAGGAGAUGGAGCACUAUGGCCAGUGGUCGAUGGGCGAUAACAAGGACAACCGCAUCCAGGGCGGCUAUGAAAACGUGCCGACCAUCGACAUCCACAUGAACCAGAUCAACUUUGAGCGAGAGUGGCACAAGUUCCUGGUGGAGUACAUCGCCCCCAUGACGGAGAAGCUCUACCCGGGCUACUACACCAGGGCCCAGUUUGACCUGGCUUUUGUGGUCCGCUACAAGCCCGACGAGCAGCCCUCGCUGAUGCCACACCAUGACGCCUCCACCUUCACCGUCAACAUUGCCCUGAACCGGGUGGGGGAGGAUUACGAGGGAGGGGGCUGUCGCUUCCUGCGCUACAACUGCUCCAUCCGAGCCCCCAGGAAGGGCUGGACCCUGAUGCACCCCGGGCGGCUCACGCACUACCACGAGGGGCUCCCCACCACCAAGGGCACCCGGUAUAUCGCCGUCUCCUUCGUGGACCCCUAACUAGCCAAUCCUGGCUCCCUCCGACUGUUCCUCCUUGCUGACAACCACUGCCCAGCAGCCCCUGGGGCCUUGGGGUCCCCAGGAACCCGGUUCAGCCUCCAGGCUCUUGACCUCCUGUUGCUCUUGGAAUGGCCAGAGACACAGCCAGCCAGAGACACAGCACCCCUGGGGCGGGCCUUUCUGAGGCCUGCAGUCCAGCCCCAGGAGACACGGAUCGCUUCCUGUUUUGUGACUCAUCCUCCCUGAUGAGCCCAGCCCCUCCUCCUCCAGGCUUUCCCAGGGCAGGACUUGAGCAGAGCAGGGCCACCCGCUGCUCACAGAGACUCCAGCUGGAGAAGCCGCCCCCAGAGCGCCUUGGUGGCCUGCAGCUCUGCAGAUUCUACUUAAAGCUUUGUGGCGUCACAGAGACCAGAACAGAGCCACGUUCCUACCCUGGGCCUGGGUCUUCUGAAGCCCCUUCCUCCUGGCUCUUGUCUUGAGAGCACAGCUUUGUCCCCUGGAGAGAGCAACUCAGAAAACCUCUCAGGGAACAGAAGAGACAUCAAUGCCACAGCAGCCACAUCCUCUACUUGAUCCUGCUGGGGGGGGGGCGGUGACAUGUCCACACUGCACUGGGCCACCCUGUCCCAAUGCCUCUGGAGAGAGGGACAAUCAGAAACAGGACAGUUCUAUUAAAGGUUGUUCAGACCACCGAA